CCUUAUAAGCAAGGGUUUUAGCACAAACCGCUGCAGCAGGUGUGAAACAGCCAGCAAUCACCAUCGUCUCUCUUCAUCUUAAUCUUCGCGUUGAGCUUCAACCUCUAACAAUGGCGGAUGAAGAGUAUGAGAUGGACGGAGGGUAUGAAGAUGAGCCAAUGGAACCUGAGGCUGAUGAAGGAGCAGAGGAGGAUGUUGACGGUGAGAAUAAAGAUGAUGAGGCACCAGAUCCUCUUCUAGGUGACGACGAAGAUAAGGAAGAGCAAGAACAAGGAGAGCGGCCUCGGAAAACAUCAAAGUAUAUGACCAAGUAUGAACGGGCUAGAAUCUUGGGUACACGCGCUCUGCAGAUCAGCAUGAAUGCUCCUGUAAUGGUUGAAUUGGAGGGUGAGACCGACCCACUUGAGAUUGCCAUGAAGGAGCUUCGUGAGAAAAAGAUACCUUUCACUAUUCGUCGAUACUUGCCAGAUGGAAGUUAUGAAGAUUGGGGAGUUGAUGAGCUGAUUGUGGAGGACUCUUGGAAGAGACAAGUUGGCGGUGAUUAACCACCCCCGUUUUCGCCUCCUGCUUGUUGUCAUUUAUUGUGGUGCUAAAUAUAAUGUUAGGUCGGUCGGUCGUACUAGUCAGAAAUCUAAUCACUAUCAGUCUGAUUGUCAUUUGGAUGUUGAAGUAAACUGUAGUUUAUAAUCAUAUGCCUGGGACAUAGCUAGGUAACUAGUAUUCUUUUUUGUUCUCUUUUUUAUCCUUCAUACUGGAAUUGUUGGUUAAUAUGUUGA